AUGGUCUUUCUUUGGUGUUGGUGCUUGAAAUUCAUUCUUGAAGCUAAGGGUGAAUGUGAUUCACAAAUAUAUUGUUCAGGAUCACUUCUUAAAAAAAUACAAUUAUCAGGAAUAUAUGGUUCAAAAGAUUUCGUGGACAAGCCUACAAUAAAACCAUUAGAUGAAGUUUUAGCUGCUGCAUCGCUUCUUCCCGAAAAUAGCACAAACGACGAAUUACAAGAUUUCAUAUCAACUUAUUUUGGACCAGAAGGUCAAGAAUUAAUUCUUGCCAAUAUCACCAAUUUUAAUUCAACUCCAUCAUUUCUCCAAAAAAUCAAAUCUCCAUUACUUCAAGAAUUUGCUAAACACGUUCAUAAUUAUUGGCCAAAUCUAACACGUCAAGUUGAUCUAAGUUUUAUGUGUGAAGGAUGCGUCUCAAGCUUUAUAGCGUUAAAUAGAACUUUCGUAAUUCCCGGUGGAAUAUUUAGAGAGAUUUAUUAUUGGGAUAGUUAUUUCAUUAUUGAAGGAUUGUUGGUUAGUGAAUUGUAUGAUAUUGCGAAAAAUAUGAUAUUAAAUCUUUUGGAUUUAGUUGAAAUUUAUGCAAAUGGUUCACGAAUUUAUUACCUUAAUCGAUCACAACCACCUUUACUCGUUCAAAUGGUAAAAAUUUAUUAUCAAGCCACCAAUGACACAGCCUUACUUUACGAUGCAUUCCCAAUAUUAAUUAAAGAAUAUAAUUUUUGGCGUAAAAACAAUUCAAUUCGUAUCGUUUCUCCAGAAUCCAAAAAACUUUAUACAUUAAAUCGUUACAUAGUGAAUAAUAAUGCACCGCGUCCAGAAGGUUAUCUUGAUGAUUUUAAUAUAGUAGAACUUAAUAAUACAUUAAAUUCUACCGCAAGGGAAGAAUUAUAUGCAGAUCUAGCGGCGGGCGCAGAAUCUGGAUGGGAUUUCUCAUCAAGAUGGGUUAAAGAAUUAUUCAAGAAUUCAUCAACAGAUGAUAAUAAUUAUGAAAUUCUUCGAACAUUAAAUACUGAUGCUAUAAUACCGGUAGAUUUAAAUUCUAUUUUAUAUAUGAAUGAAAUUACUUUAUCAGAAUUUUCCGAGAAAAUUGGUGAAGAAAAGAUGAUUAAUACAUUUAAGAAUGCUGCCAAGAAGAGAUUAGAAGGAAUUACGGAUUUAUUUUGGGAUGAGGAAUUAGAAUUGUUCAUGGAUUAUAAUAUUUCAAAUUUUAUCACUAAUUCUACAACAAUUCUUGACACAUUUUCAUACAUCACCAAUCUUUUAUCAAAAUAUCCGGGAUCCCCACCGAUCACUCUUAUUAAUUCAGGUUUACAAUGGGACUUUCCAAAUAGUUGGCCACCAUUGAAUUAUGUUUUAAUUAAAGGUUUAAUAAAUUUUCAUAAUUAUGAUGAUAAUGAUAGUGAAAGUGAAAUUAAAGAAUUUAUCAUGAAUUUAACAAAAAAUUUAAGUCAACGAUACGUAGAUUCAGUACUUUGCACUUGGUACUCAACUGGUGGAUCAAUACCUGGGUAUUUGAAUAAAUUAUCAGGAGUUAAAGAUACUGGUCAUAUUUUUGAAAAAUAUAAUACACUUGACCUUAGUUUACCAGGUGGCGGCGGAGGAUAUGAUGUCCAAGUAGGAUUUGGAUGGACGAAUGGAGUCUUAUUAUGGAUUUUUUCAAAUUUUGGAGAUAUAUUAAAAGAACCAGAGUGCUUAUCUGAUCUGACAUAA